AACUACCGAUAAUCAAUCUUUCAUCAAACACACCAAACAAAUUUGAGUGUCACAUAGGAAAUGUGAACACACCAUACACCAAGUACAAACGAGAAUAACAAAUGUGUACCAAUUAACCAUAGUUAUUCCUUAACCGUACAAAAAGCAACCAUAGUUGUCUACACGAGAUUUGUAAGUUGGGAUUUAGAUGGAGAGAGAAAAAGUAUUCACAACAUUUAGAGAGAGGAAAUUGUACCUCUAAUAACUCAUUUCCUUUGCUUCCCUCCAUCUCUCUCCUCUUCUUUUUUUCUCAAUCUAACUAUUUUCUUCUUUUUUUACCAACAAAAAUAAAAUUUAAAUUUCAACCUUCUUCUUUAUAAUUUCUCAAAAACACAAAGAUUGUUUCUUUUUUGGGAAAAAUUUGAUUAUUUCUUCUUCCAUUGAGUUUUUGCUGUCUUUUUGGUGGACAGAAACCCAUAUUUCUUCUGCUUUCAGUUGUCUGGUCUGGUUUGUAUUUAUCUUUAUUUCCUGAUAUAUUUCCUUUUUUGUGUAACAAUUGAUAUUUGAUUGACUAUUUUUGGGUAAUUUAAAGAACGUGAUAAUCUUUUUUCAUGUGGGUAAAAUCUAUGAGAUCUGAAAUUAAGUGGGCACUUGUUAAAUUCUUAACAUGUGAUUGAAUUUAACGGAUUUGUAGUUUUGUAGUCUAUUUCUAGCUAUAAAUAUAGAAAUGAAGUGGUGGGUAUGUGUUUGUAAUUUAGGGUUUUCGACUGAGAUUUAAAAUUGGGGUUUACUUUAUAUGGUUGGUAUUUCAUAUUUAGGGAUUAAUUUGUGAUUUUGAUUGAUUAUAUGACAAAUAUAAAGCUGGGUAUGGGUGGAGGGUUAGUUUGGAAUGAAGAAGAUAAGGCUAUGAUCGCCUCCAUAUUGGGUACUAAAGCUUUUGAAUACUUGAUUUCAAGCCCAUUUACAGCUGAAACUUCAUUAGUGAGUAUUGAGAACAAUGAGAAUAUUCAGAUUAAGUUAUGUGAUCUUGUUGAGAGGCCUAAUGCCUCUAAUUUUAGCUGGAAUUAUGGGUUCUUUUGGCAAGUUUCGAGGGCGAAAUCGGGGGAAAUGGUUUUGAGCUGGGGGGAUGGUUAUUGUAGGGAACCUAGAGAAGGGGAAGAAUCGGAGGCGACUCGACUUUUGAAUUUUAGGCUUGAGGACGAAGCUCAACAAAAGAUUAGGAAAAGGGUUCUUCAGAAAUUGAAUACAUUGUUUGGUGGUUCUGAUGAUGAUAAUUUGGCUUGUAGAUUGGAUAGGGUUACUGAUAUGGAGAUGUUCUUUUUGGUUUCUAUGUAUUUUUCUUUUCCUAGAGGUGAAGGUGGACCAGGGAAAUGUUUUGCUUCUGGUAAACAUGUUUGGGAAUCUGAUCUUUUAAGGUCGAAAUUGGAUUAUUGUGUUAGAUCAUUUCUUGCGAAAUCUGCUGGGAUUCAGACUGUAAUCUUGAUUCCUACUGAAUUUGGUGUUGUUGAGUUGGGUUCAGUGAGGGCCAUAAAGGAGCAUCAGGAUGUAUUAAAGGCCCUUAAGUUUGCAUUUACUUCCCCUACAGUAGUUCGACCUAAACCGACCCUGUCUUUGCCUGUUGUAAUCCAUAAGAUUGAGGAUGAUGAUCCUGUUCCGUUGCCCUCGACGAUUCCUGCUUCCGGUUCUGCUCCUAGGCCCGCCCUUGCUCCUGUCCAUGCUCCUAUAGCCUCGACUGUAGCUGCCCGUGCUUCUGUAAUUAGUACCCUUCCUACACCGGCCCUUGCCCCUGGUCGUGGGGUCGACAAUGCUACGAAGGUUUUUGGGCAGAAUCUAAACCCCGCAGUCCGUCCUCCAUUCAGGGAGAAACUUGCAGUGAAAAGGAUGGAGGAUAGGAAUUGGGAUGCUUAUUCAAAUGGAAAUAAGCUUUCUUUUGCAGGACAAAGUCCUAGGAAUGGUGUUCAUGGUACAAAUUGGAGUAGCAUUCCGGGCAUAAAACAUGCGACGACUACCGAGAUCUAUAACCCUCAAAACACGACGAGGCUGCAGGACUAUGUGAAUGGUAUACGAAACGAGUAUCGACUUAACCAGUUCCAGCAGCAAAAACCGGCUCAAAUCGAGAUUGAUUUUUCAGGAGCAACCUCUAGGCCAUCAGUGAUUUCUCAGCCGGGUAGUGCUGAAUCCGAACACUCGGAUGCUGAGGUGUCUGGUAGAGAUGAUAGAGCGGGUCCUUCAGAUGAUCGAAGGCCACGUAAACGAGGGCGUAAGCCUGCUAAUGGAAGAGAAGAGCCUCUUAAUCACGUCGAGGCAGAACGACAACGUAGAGAGAAGCUCAAUCAACGGUUCUGUGCGUUGCGAGCAGUCGUUCCCAACAUAUCCAAGAUGGAUAAAGCAUCUCUACUCGGUGAUGCGAUUUCAUAUAUCACUGAGUUGCAGAAGAAGCUUAAAGACAUGGAAACCGAACGAGAGAAACUUAACAACGCUUCAAAGGAUAAAACAUCAAGCACAGAAGCAAACUCUGGUGCAGAUUCGCAGGGACAAGCCUCGGAUGUUGAAGUUCAGGCUGUGCACGACGAGGUGGUAGUUAAAGUUAGUUGUGCGCUGGAUUCACACCCAGUUGCCAGAGUCAUCCGGGCGUUCAAAGAUUCGGAAAUCAAUGUUGUCGAUUCGAAACUCGCUGCAGGUACGGAUACUGUGUUUCAUACUUUCGUUAUCAGGUCUGAUGAUUCGGAUCAGCUAACGAAAGAAAAAUUAUUGGCUGCAUUUACACAUGAAUCGAAAUCGUUGCAAGGUCCUUCGUCGACUGGUGGAUAGGAACUUGUAGUUUCUGUUUAAUUAGUAGGUGUAAUUGGGUAGUAAAGUAGAGAAAAAGAAUCACAUUCUAUGACUUCUGCUGAGGUUUUGAUUUUGCAGCAAAAGAAGAUUAAAGGAGAAAUAGGUGGUUCAAACAGCAUCCAUUAGAAAUAGAAUAACUGCCAAUUGACUACAUAGAGACUUUGCAAAUUGUUUUUUUGUUCUGUUCAUAAUUAUACAUAUUUUGUCAUAUGAGAAGAAUUCUAGCUAUAUCUAAUUCGAAAAAUCAAAUGUGUACGUUCACUAUCUUCGUAAGAAGCUAAUGAUUUUCGAUUCUCAUUCCGUCUUUA